GGGGCCGCAGGGGGGUGCUGGGGAGCCCGUGGAGCUGGGGUCCCUGCUCAGCAGGGAGUUGCCGGUCCCGAGUACAGAAGCCCCUCCGCUCGGAGCAGUCGGUUAAAGCCUGGCUCGUCUGACCUUCCCCGUUUCUUUUCCCGGAGCAGGACCCCCGGGAGCAGAGCUGGAGAUGAUCUCCCACAUGGAUCAGAAGGAGGAACUGUGGUUCUCCCACCUCCACGCCUACAAAGGGAACUCCGUCCUGAGCGGCACCCGUCCAGAGCUGCAGUUUUCAUCCGUCUGCUCUAACUCCAAGGUGCUCUUCCUGAAUGAUACCAAGAACGUCCUAGGCCCAUCCUGGUAUAAGUGCAAGGACAAAUGUCUUUUGGGAAUGCCUUUGGACUCCAGGUCUCCCUUUUGCUAAAACUGGUGACACCUCUGAAGAACUCCCAAACGGUUUGUGAAGUGAGACAUCUCGUAAGGCCGUGCCAGCUCUUCCCCAGUCUGCCCUCUUUGGCUGUCUGCCCAUUAAUUCUCUUACUCUGAUUUCUAUUUGUUUGCUUGGAAUGUUGGACCCCAGAUCUCCCUUCGAGCCCUUUCUCUGGCAUCACAUCAGCCACCUUUCCAUUCCCCUGACGGUGAGGUAUCAGAGUCAGGAGUCCAGCAGUGUUGUGAGGUCAUGUGAACAGCCCUGCUGCGUUAGACCAAAGGUCUGUGUAACUCUGAGCCCCGUCUCAAGGAUUUGGGGACUGGCUAGAAGUAGAUGCCAGGGAAGGGGAUGAGAAGCAUACAAUGACACCUCCCUGGCACAGUCUACCAUCGUCCAGCAGCUUACUCAUGAUGGUGGUUUGUUAUUUUUAAUAGUUCUCAAGAGUUUCUCUUCUGUGAACUCUUGAAUUCGGUGCCAGAGACGAUUGCUGUGUCCUCCCGCUGCUGUGAGACAGGCCAGAGCAUCAGCCAAAACUCCUUCUACUACAGACUUCUCUUGAGAAAGAGAGACCCAAGGGUACAUUUAAGACAACUUGUCCCAGAUGCCAGUGAAGAUACCUAGUAGCUCAGAAGUAACCAAUAUGGUUGUAGAAGUUGAGAGCUGGAGCCAUGGCCGCAAUCAUUGUAAGAAGCAGCUUGAAACUCCUGACCUUCCCCCAAAAGUACAGAACACCGUAGAAUUCUCAUGUACUUUGAAGGCCUUUUCAAGUUCUCUGUAGAGAAGCAAAACUCUAUGCCUGGAUGGCGGUAGCUGCAGACAAAUGGAAAUGGCUUCAUGGUGAAUAGCAAAGUUCCAGUUUCUGUUUCUCUCAAGGGAUGAUUUUAAUUAAAACUCUAUGAGGGAAGAAGUGGCAUCACUAUCACACCAAACUCCCACAACAGCUGAAGAUGAGAUUGUGAGCAAGAAAGAGGAAAAUGCCCGCCAAGGCAUCCCCAGGCCAAUGGAGCCCGAGGGUUUACUCUCAGGACUCUCCAAGGAGAACAGUUCCCAGAGCCCUGCACAGGACCCAGUCCUCCCACACAGGUCAGAAAGGGUUCAGAGACCUCUGGGGAAGAGGCAAAGCCGAGUGACGCUGCGUGGAAAAAGUUUCAGGAGGCUGCCAGAUAUUAUCCAGCAGAGAAAUCCUUCUGUGGGGAGACUGACAAUAUGUGGGGACUGUGGGAAGAGCUUCCGGGUGAGCUCCAACCUUGUCCAGCAUCGGAGAAUCCACACUGGAGAGAAACCCUUUGCCUGUGCCGAGUGCGGAGAGCGCUUCCGGCAGCGGUCACAUCUCAUCCAGCACCAGAGAAUCCACACAGGGGAGAGGCCCUACGAGUGCUCCGAGUGCGGGAAGAGUUUUAGCAUGAGCUCGAAGCUGAUCCGCCACCAGGUAACUCACACCGGGGAGAAGCCCUACAAGUGUGCCGAGUGCGGGAAGAGCUUCUCUGGGAACUCACAGCUCAUCCAGCACCAGCGAGUGCACACCGGGGAGAAGCCCUACGAGUGCAGUGACUGUGGGAAGAGCUUCAGCGUGAGCUCAGCCCUGACGCGACACCAGCGGGUCCACACCGGGGAGAAACCGUACGAGUGCGUGGAGUGUGGGAAGAGCUUCAGCCAGAGCUCCGAGCUAAUGAAGCACCAGCGGGUGCACACCGGGGAGAAGCCGUAUGAGUGUUCCGAGUGCGGGAAGAGCUUCACUGUGAGUUCAGCCCUCAUCCAACACCGGCGGUUCCACAUGGGUGAACGCCCCUAUGGGUGCACAGAGUGUGGAAAGAGCUUCACUGUGAGCUCCCACCUCAUCCAGCACCGCCGCUUCCACACCGGGGAGCGCCCCUUUGAGUGCACCGAGUGUGGGAAGAGCUUCCUGUGGAGAUCAGCCCUGCUCCGGCACCACCGGGUCCACACUGGGGAGCGUCCCUACGCCUGUGCUGACUGCGGGGAUAGCUUUCGGCAGAGCGCCCAUCUCAUCCAGCACCGGCGCAUCCACACUGGGGAGCGUCCCUACGCCUGUGCCGACUGCGGGAAGGGCUUCACUGUCAGCUCUGCGCUCCUCCGGCACCAGCAGGUCCACAGGGGUGGGGAGCCCUAGGAAGGGUGAGCGUGGAGAGCGGUUAGUUCUGGUACCCUGUGAGCAUCCCUGGGGAGCGAAGCCCAGCGUCUCUCUCCCUUCGCUCUGUUGAGCGCCCUGCUCACGGAGGGCGAAAGUUUCUUUUUAGGAGAACAAGUCCUAAAAAGAGAGAGAUGGAAGAAGAGGAGAGUUGGUGCCGAGGAGCUGAAUUGGAGGUUUGGGGAGGAGCGUGUGACACAGCAGGGGAAGGAGGUGGUGGUCAGGAAGGGAAAGACGGGAGGUAGUAGAAAAGGCUGGAACGUGGUGGUGUAUUUUAGAGGAAAGUCAAUGCUUUGCCUUUUCUCUGUGCCUAUGCGUUUGAGUUCUAUAGAGUGAACCAAAGGGACCCUCCCAGAGCCUGCAGCGCUCUGACUAGAUAAAGAAAAGCUCUUGUGUUCCAUCCCUGCCGCUGCUUUCUUCAGAGGCUCUGAACUACCUGAACGACCUUCCCCGGCCCGCGGGCUGGGCCUGGAGCACGGAGACGCCGAAAGCCCGGCCUGCAGCGCCAGCCCCGCUGCUGGUGGUCGUGGCCUGAGCGUCUGGGACUUGGGGUCCCCCGGGGGGGGGGG